CCCAGUGCAAGCCCACGAGAGCUCAGUGAUGGUGGUGGUGGUGCCGGUUGGUGGGGGGGGAUGCUGUGUCUGUAUGGCUAAGGAUGUAUUACAGAGGCGGGCUGGUCUUAAUGUAACUAGAGAGCUUCUGUAAUCUACAAAGGGUGAAGACAGAGAGGGAGUAAGAGGAGGUACCCUGUGUAUUUCCCAGGCACGCUCUCCCCAAGAGGAGGCCCUCUCUGAUAUCCCCCCCAAUCUCCCUCCAGCGCAGCACACCAAGGAAUGAUGAAAAAAAAUAAUUCUGCAAAAAGGGGGCAACAGGAUGGAAACCAGCAAUCUGUGCAGCCAGAGAAGGUCGGCUGGGUGCGGAAAUUUUGCGGGAAAGGCAUUUUUAGGGAAAUCUGGAAAAACCGUUAUGUGGUUUUGAAGGGAGAUCAGCUUUACAUCUCGGAGAAGGAGGUAAAAGAUGAAAAAAACAUACAGGAAAUGUUUGACCUGAGUGAUUAUGAGAAAUGUGAAGAGCUCAGGAAGUCCAAAAGCAGAAGCAAAAAGAACCACAGCAAAUUUACCCUCGCCCACUCCAGAGAGCCUGGAAACACGGCACCAAAUCUGAUCUUCCUGGCUGUGAGUCCAGAAGAGAAAGAGUCCUGGAUUAAUGCCCUCAACUCUGCAAUCACACGUGCUAAAAACCGCAUCUUAGAUGAGGUUACUGUCGAAGAGGACAGCUACCUCGCCCACCCAACACGUGACAGAGCAAAAAUACAGCACUCCCGACGCCCUCCAACACGGGGACAUUUGAUGGCUGUGGCAUCUACCUCAACCUCUGAUGGCAUGCUGACACUCGACCUGAUCCAGGAGGAAGACGCCUCUCCAGAGGAUCACAGCACCUGCGAAGAGAGUUUCCGGGUGGAUCUGGAUAAGUCAGUGGCACAUCUUACUGCUGGACGGCGCCGGUCAGAUUCAGAGAACGUCAAGUCAUCGGAGAAAGGCCGGACAGGGAGCCUCCCGAGACGGGAGGUGACCUCAUGGGACAGAUCCGGGCAGUGCAAUGACUCCUUUGACAAAGGGACCAUGUACACACCACAGGUCCCCAAAAAGCUCUCGCACUCAGAAAAGAAUAAAUGUGCCUCCAUGGAAGAAAUUCUGUCUCGGCGGGACUCUUCCACGCACCGGGCGGUGCUGAGGAGGGGGCUGGAGGCUCAGUUUGCCUCAGCAGAACCAGAGCAGCUGUCCCGGAUACAAGAACUGGUUGCACUGAAACUGGAAAAAACUCAGGAACUGCUGACAGAGGUGAAGGGCUACGGGGAAGGCAGGAGAAAGACCAAGGAUUCCAACACCAGCACCACCACCACCACCUCUUCUUCCUCAUCAUCUUCCAAGUCGGACUCUGAAAGGAUCCUGCAGGAAUCGGAGAGGUUGCUGGGGGAGGCUUCCUCCACCUGGAGCCAAGCCAAGAGGGUGUUGCAGGAGAUCAAAGAGUUGAGGGACCUGUACAAACAGUUUGAACUGCAGCAGUCGGACUCAAAACCCAAACAGAGCUCACAGUCUCAGUACAGGAAGAGCAUGAUGUGAAGCUGUCAUCCACAGCAUUAUGCAAACGUUUACAAAGAAAAACAUUAACAAUGAAAUGGCAAAUCCACUUGGAGCGCUGAGCAUUUCAUCGCUCUCAGAACUGCUCCCUUCUUCCUCCUCAGUCUUCCCCUGUGAAAUCCACCAGCUGAGCAGCACAUCUGGGUCUCGGAGGAACCCUGGAUUCUUGUGGAACUGGUCCCCUGAACCACCUCCCAGGGGCUUCAAUGAAAAGGAAGACCACUGCCUGUUUGCUCCUCUCCUUCACACUCUCCAUCAUUUCUAUCUCAGUUUGCAUUUGCAGUUCAGCAGCUCCCAGUUUCCAAAGCUGCUCCAGUCUCUCUCUGCUCAGAAGGGUGAUGGGAGAGCAGGAACUGUGUGAUUAACCAGUGGCUCUCACUGCGUGUUAACUGCAAGAUGCUUGUCAAGGUCAGGUUUCAUCGAACACCCCUUAUGACCCCUACACACAUACAUACAAACAAGACCUUACCCUGGUCUCAUCACUGAGAUAUCUGUCUGGCAUCAGACAAGCAGACAGAGAGCAAGGUUAUGCUGUGCAGAGAGAUCACCAGAUCCCGAAGGCAGGGUGGUCGCACAUACUGCUCUGCAGCCCAACACACUGCUGGGUUAGGCAGUCCCAGGCCCAGGGCAGUUUAGAGACACGUGGGGCUAGUUUAGAGAAACAGCUGGAGCACCAGAUACACUAGUUGGGACAGAGCCACAGGAUCUUCACUACCUGACAGUUCAGAGUGCACCUAGAUGACAAAAGCUGGACAUCCCUUGCAUCAAUGCUGUCACUGUGUCCAGUGUUAAAGAGUUCAGUGUCUAGAGGAAGAGUGGGGGAUUCUUUAGUUGAGUAACAACUUCAUUUUGGCUUUGUGCCUGAGGGUUUUACUUAGCACAGAGCACAGUACAGAGUGGAAGCUGUUUCCUGAAGCACCCCUGCCACAUACUUGUUUCUCAGGUGUUAAAACUUUGAGCAAUAUUUAAGCCUUUUGCUAAAUCCCCCUCCCCAAAUCCUUCUUUCUGCACAGCUGUAAUGUACUAAGGAACCUGCCCUUGAUCCGGCUGUGGAAUAUUUUUAAAUUUAAAAUUUAAAAGCUUGUACCUGCUUACCUGCUUUUUCAAUAGGAAACAACUUUCCUCAACUCCAUUGUAGGGAAACAGUUCACAGCUCCCCUGACCCUCCAAAAAAAUGACACAAACCCCCCUUAAAGAAAUCUUUCUCCCAAUUUAUAAGUGGCAGAGAUUCAUCGAAGGACAGGGGACCACAGCCCCUAAUUAGAGACUCUCAGCAGAGCUCUGCUCACAGGGAUUUGCAUCACAAGCUCCCUGCUGCCUGCUUACACACCAUCCAGCCCUGCAGGGAGGAGUGUGCCAAUACCAAGCAGGCAGUAAACAAGGCGUCAGCCUUUCUCCCCCUCUCCCCCAGGGCCCUGUUGGAUUGUUUCAGCCACAUACUCCUAGAAAACUUGAAGGCUACGUAUUUCUGGGAAUUUCACCUCACCUGCACAGCUGGGCCCUGAGAGCAGAAGACAUUAUCCAUCCAACCCACCUGCCCCUCCCUACCCACCAAACUGGCACUGCAUUUCAAUUGGCAAAGCUGGGAAGAAGCCUAGGGCCCCCUACCCUCCCCUCAGAAUAAAUAAUGAAUGGUUUCCAGAGGACCGGGAGAUAUUUGUAUCUGAGCUGCAAGAACCCAUAGUGAACAAAAGGCGUUGGGAAGAACCAAACAGUGACUGAUGUAAAUGGAACAAAGCUGGGGGUGAUUGGGUGAGAAAAGAGAGGGUUUAGAGACUAUUACGUGAGUCUAAAAAACAAGCAGGCAACACCCCAGAGAAGUGUGCUCUAGGAGACUGCUGAGCUUGUUGAAGGAGUGCAUGUACUGGUUGAAGGAAGGAUGGGAGAGGGAAGGGAGGAAUGCUGUUCCUGCCAUCAUUACAUCUCUUUUCUGUUAAAGAAACCAAGUGGAGUGCAGGAGGAGCAGAAAAGCCAGCUGCAGGCUGAGAGGCCACUCCAAGCACCCUGGGGUCUGUGCAUGGAUCAGUUAAGUUCAGGGUGCUCCUGCUCCAUGAAGCUCCCAGGCUCUUUCCUCCUUUACUGAUACAAUAGCUCUGAGCAUAUGCUUCAGCACUUGACUGAAUCUGGCUCCACUAGCAGAGCCUGUAGAUUUGUUCUCCAUGCUGCAACAGGGCGGGUGUGAUACUGAAGUAUUGUGUCACAGCCCAGCCCAUCCAAUAACCCAGGCCAAUUCCUGGCCUUCUGGCAAAAGCAAAGGAUCUCAGGGACUCAAGAGUUUUAGUUAUUUGCUGGAAGGUUUGUUUGGUCUUUAAGUACAGCAGUGCAGGCAGAUUAGGGACAUGUUGAUCUGCCAACCCAGUCCUCAUCAAAACACCAAAAGCUACAGCCUGUAAGAAGAAGCUUGUCUGCUAGGCCAGACAAUUAACAGCCACAAAUGGCCCUCAGUUGCACCAACUUCCACAGAGCUGCAUUAACUUAUAUCAACUAUGAAACUUGUAGGAAUACGUGCAUGAGGACCUGAUCCACACAACUGGCAAGGACUGACGCUGGGAUCAGGCAGCUGUAUACAGGAGACAUCUGAAGGAUGCUACGACACUUGCAAUCCAUGCCGAGAAGCUUGAUAGGCUGUAGCAGCGCUGCCCACCUGCUUGCAAAUCCCUGCUGUGCAGGGCGGUUGAGCUCACUGACCCCAAUGUUCCAUCUCCCAUUUUACUUGGAAAUCCAAAGAUCCUCUACACUUAGCUUUGAUUCAUCACCCAGCAAAGACCAGCUCCAGGAGCAACUGAUCAGAACUUCAAAGCACAAGGAAGCAUAGAUAUGCAAGAAUUGUCCAAAAUCCAUUUAAUCAGAAUUCCCUGAAAUUAACCUUUAUAUAUGCUUUGCUGUGUGAGAAAGGAACAUUCUCCUCUUUCACUUUUCUGCAUCCAAUAAUCAAAGGAAUCGAAUCAUUUUCAAACCAAGACAGUGAGUGAAUGGAGAUCUGACCCUGAGCUUCAUGAAUACUCAUGUCUAGCGAGCCACAUGGGGUUUAUCCCCUAAUGAGUCAUGGCUCAGGGCAAAACAAGAGUUUUCAGAAAAGCUAGAAGGGAAUGUAAGGGCUUGGGUCCCUCCCUUCUCCAAGAAUGCCUAAAUGGUUUAGGAGUACAAAUGCCAUUGAAAGUCAGGUCAGUCAGGAAGGGAUUCAUUUUGCCUACCUUUAGUCAUUUAGCUUCCUUCCACAGGAAUGGUAACUCCAGCAGAUCUAAACUAAUUUAGGUGUUUAUCUUGGGAUGAAUAAGUCACCUUCUACAGGUAUUGAUUUCUUUCUAUUAACUGUACACAAACCCAAACAGUUAAAGUUGAAGGAGAGGAUUCUUGCCCAUAAGCAAAACAUCAUGUCAUGUCUCUAACUCAUUUAAACUCCUUGGAAAGCCUUGGUUUCCACAUAUAUUCUACAAAGGGGCUUUGAAGGUGCUAUUUUUUGCUGCAACUGCUCAAAAGAAUAUUUACAAACAUGAUACUGAUUUUAUUGUUGCUUGAUCUAUCAAUUCUUUUCCUCUUUGACUUGUAUUUCAGGUUCCCCUUUCCUCUUCUUAAAAAGAUGAUUUGGGACGGGGGGAAUGGAAUGGCUUGUUGCUUUUGGAAAAAGAUCUGCACUGAUUUUUAUGUAAAUUAAACCUUCCAUACGUACAGACUCUGGGCCAUUGUUCCAGUCUGCUGCAGCUCUGUUUAUUUUGAUUGAUUUUAAGGAUGUGAUUAAAAGAAUUUUUUAAAUUAAAGGAAAAUUAAGGCAAAAAAGAGAGAAGUCUUUCUUAAUGGGUUUUGCAUAACUAGAAUCAAGUGAUGAUUCCGGGACUAAUGUCAAGCACUUUUUCAUGCUGAUGAACUGGAUUGCUCCACAAAAAGUCUUUUGCAAUGGAAGGGCUAUGCUCCUGACCCGGUGAGAUGGAUGGUAGCAGUACAAACCAGUGUGUGUCACUGUUUACACAAGGUAAGGGCAGUGAUCAACAUCCUCUGUUAAUGCUGCAACAGCAUUGCCAGCAAAGUCAAGCAAGUCACCUCCUUAUAGUUUUAUUAAAGCAGUGGUUAAGGUGGGAAAGGCAUUUAGUUUCAAUUUUAAAAGUACUGAACCACUUGAGAAUCAUGUGUGACCUCUUGCAACCCAGAUAGCACCAACAAGAUGCUGGUCUCCCCAGUGACUCUCCUCAUAUUUCAGAAAGCCUAUUGCAGUGCUACUCCGAGUUGAAGCCUUUAAAAAAGCCAGCACAA